AGUAAGGUUUGUGUACUCUUUCCGCUAAACAUUUUGUUGGUGUGUCUCUGUAUGAUGGCUAUUCUUUAUUAUUUUCAGUAAGUAACACCGUUUUACGAGGCCUUUAAACGAGCAAAAAAUGUUUUCAAUUUAUUAACGAGUGAAAUGAACGCUGCACAUCGAGUGUCCUUCGUCUCUACGUAUUGUUAUUACUCUCGUAAAGUUACCGCUGAUAAUAUUUUGCUGCAGAUGUGAAAUGAAGCAGAGCGUGUGCAAUUUUUCAAUUUAAACGCAUUUAAAGAAUCAACUUCAAAAUGGGCAUUCAGGAUUUGCAAACAUUUUUGGAAAGUCCUUCCUUGGAUGGCGGUUAUGUUUCCGUGGACUUAUUAAAAAUUGCGAGGAACGUUACACAACGCCAGCAACCGCAGUAUGCAAGUCGUAAAAUUAGACCGAUUGGAAAUAAGUUAAAGCUGAUUAUGGAUGCUGAGUGUUGUUUGGACAGGCUGUAUGGAGGUUAUUUUUCGGACUGGGCGUGUGGUGGUCAAUGGAAUAGGAUGGUACAAUUUUUAUCUCUGCUGAUGCAGGCGAUUGAGCGUGGAAAUAUUGAACUUGCAUUGGUAUUUAACGGUACGGCAGUUCCCGAACGGAUGUCAGAGUGGGUUGCGGAACAAGCGUAUGUUAGGCAGAAAGUUGGAUUAGUUUUAAAACACAUAAAUACAAAGGGUACACCUCCACCCAAAGUUUGGUGGACACCUCCGACUUGCAUUAGGACUGCUUUGCGAAUGGCAUUGAGGCAUUUAAAUACGACUGUGAUGUGCACAAUGGAUGAUCAUCAUCAAGAGGUAAUCGCGUACUGUAGAGAGUAUGGGUUCCACGGACUGUUAGGAGAUGAUGCCGAGUAUGCUGUUUUUGAUCCACCCCGCUAUUUCUCCUCGGAAAAUAUUAAACUCACAUAUAAGGGAUCACUGGAGACCAAAGAAUACAUGCUUAAAGAAUUGACUAAAACCUUACAACUUAGCAGUGAGCAAAUUUGUGUUGUCGCCGCGUUAAUGGGAAACUUUAUUUUACCUGAAAGUCACCUUCAAGAUAUUUACAGAAAAAUUGUCCUUAUUUCCACUGGGAAGUUAACGGGCGACACUGCGGUGAAAGCAAUAGCUGAGUUCGUGCGAUCUCUUCCCCCACCUUCAGAUAUGGAAGAUUUAGUUUCACAAUUGUUUGAUAGCGGCGAUAAACGCGCAGAUCUGUUUAAACAGUCUGUACAGUAUUAUUUAAACGGAACUGCGAAUGGGUUUUUGAAGUACUGCAGUGGGUCUUCCGGUAAAAAAGACUUCAAGAAGAAGAACCUACAAAACAAUAACAACAUAAAUUGUGCAACCAAUGCUAGGGUGGACGAUGCCGAACUUGACACAUCGGGUUUCGCAUCAGAAACAACAGAGCAAGAGCAAGAGAGCUUGCAAAAUUAUAAAUUGGCAACUGCAAAUGCUGUGAUCUCUUCGGACAUUGUUAUAGGUUUAAGUGAAAUAGAUAUUUCUGCCAAAGAUGAUUCUUCGCCGUCAUCAGACAGUUCACGAUUAAAUGGACAUAGUGAUUACGGCAGUGGGGAGGCGACAAAUCACGUAGCCAGUCCCAGUACCAGUUCCACUACCCCUAGAGUUAAUUUAUUUGUAAGCUCGAGUAGUUCAAACGCGAGCAGUGUUCCAGAAUCUCCUAAACAUUCAUUAUCCCCACAAACAAAUUUAUCAAAUGUAGUAAAAUUGUCUGUCUCAUCUGAUGUAUUAAGAACUGCUUCUCUUCGACACCAAAAAGGUCUUAUGGCGCCGAUGAUUUUGCAUCUAUUAAGCUUGCAAGAAGUCCGCCUGCCUUGCGUUAUGGAGGAUGAGCAUUGUCGCGAGUUUCCUCCAAUCCAUGAAAUCUUCCGGCUGAUUCGGCAACGAGUUUACGCGGUUCUUUUCAAUCUACAUCAUAUACGUUUUGUUCACUCGAAGAAAAUAGAGAAAGGAGAAGUGCCAGAAAAUGAUCCACCUCCGGAUAUAAUUCUGAAAGAGUGGGUGUACAGUCGUGCAAAUCCUUACCAAACUCCAGUAUUGGUUAAAGCGGAUCCAUUACCAUGGGCGGUGCCAACUCUUCACAGGUUAUGGUUUGGACCGGGAGUAGAUGACAAAAGGCGUAGGAUGAGGGCGCUCUUGUCGUGUCUGAAUUCUGAUACACCCCUCAUUCUGAAUACGUCGUAUGUACCGCAACAUAUGCUGGUUAUGGCUUGCGUUUUGAGAUAUAUUAUGUCACAGUCUAAGCCAAUUCUGAGACGGCAGGAAUUAGACGCAUUUUUAUGCCAGGCUUACAGUCCCGAUCUUAUGAACGCGCAGUAUCUACAGGAAUUGACAUUAACUAUGGUUACAAGCAGAGGUGUACAAUUGGCAGCUAUGUUUAUGGAGGGAGUCGAAAUGGCUCUGGUAGCUAAUGAUGCAUGUGGCGCUCCACUACCGUGGCUGAUGUGUUGCCCUUGGUUAUACUUUGAUGGGAAAUUAUUCCAUCAUACAUUAUCGAGGUCUGUUCAUGUGAAGAAUUUGUUGGAAUUGUGUGAAAACCACAUAGAUCGCGUGGUGAAAGUGGAACGUAUGCGAAAAGCGAUCCUGGAAGGAUUGGAUUUCCAAUUUGCCAAACCACCACUGCCACCCCUUACAGGUCUAGUUCGUCAAGGGUUACCUCCACCAUGUAACCUGCCUACACUUCCCUUACCUUCGACGAGGGGCGCCGCUGGACUUCGACAAAAUCCCCUUCCGGCUCGUGGUGGUCAGUUACAAAUUGCGGGUGUUGUUGUAGGUUCCUGGGGGGCCAAUUAUGGUUACAUGAGGCAACAACCGCAGUUAAUAGGUGGCCGCGGUCGGUACAUGCCUCCUCAUCAAAGAGGUCAACAGCGUAAACCGGGCCCUCCCACAUAUCCUGUACAUAAAAAGGGACCAAACAAGAAAAAGAACUUUCCUGCCAAACAAAAGCAACAACCUGUCAGUCGCGGUAGAGGAUUAAUCUUGAAAACAGAUAACGGUGACAUGCUGGCUAGUGAGGUAUUAAAAGAUCAGUUGACACCAUCCGAUGAUGUACUGUAUGAAGAUUGUAAGGAACCCGAACAUUUGGGCCAAGGUGACGGUUUACUACUUCACAUGGAUCCGUCAUACUAGGUCGCUUACCAAAUGUGUUUCGUGUACAUGUGAUUAAUUUGUUUAGUUGAUUUACAUUUUAUGUGUUGACUUUUUUUAAUUGAUAUUUGUUUAAAGAAGAUACUGUUUUCAAUUAUUGUGCGCGAGGUGUUUUACUUAGACGUAACAAAGAAGGAAUUGACUGAAAGUAUUUUAUUGUCGUUUUAAUGUCGAUAAAAAGACAAGGUUUUACUACUUCGGUAAGUUGUCAACGAUUUUUAUAUUAGCAGUGUGCUGGUAACAUAUUCAUACGGAAAGAAAAACUAGAUGUAAGUUGUGUCGGGUUGCUGUUAAAACUCUGCUGGCACUGCCUCGCUGUGUUCCAGAUAAACCUGUACAUGUCGACUGAUUGUUUGAGAACAAAUGUAUAUUUUUCUAUGUUUGUUACAACUGUUAUAUAAAAUAUAUUGACUGAGAAGAGAGAGCAUGCGCCUGUAUUGGCUGUGAUCGUAAUUAUGGUAUUUAUACACUAGAUCUGUUGGUCAGCUUGGUUGAAUAGAAAAUUUACGUUUACGAAUCUUUACGAAUGUUUCUUUUUGUAUUGUAUAUUAUUUAUCGAUAGUUGUAGUUUUUUUAUCUUAAAGAUGUAAAUGGUAACUUUUAUAUUCUAUCAAGAGUGUUGGAAUUUUGAUGUUGGUUUGCUCUAUUUAUGAUAAAAACAGUUCAUAAUUCAACAAGAAUUGUUACAAACGUAAUUUAUCCAAAGUUAAAAAUUCAUCAUCUUAACAAUUUGAAAUGCAAUCAAUGCCCAAUCUCUUAACCAAACUGCAUUUUGCUACACAAAUUAAACGAUUUUUGAUAUGAGUACGUGCCCUGCUUUAUGGAUUAUCAUCGUUCCUAUAAUGCAUAAAAAAUCAAUUUUAAAAGUGCGCAGGGUGUUGGUGAGAGUUUACGAAAUUCUUGCCGAUACUAGUUGUGUUUCCAUUUCUUGCUCAAUUGCUCAUUGGAGAUCAAUAUAGCAAAAACAUUUCAACUAUACACAAUAAGAAGUCUUUAAAGAAAUGUUACGAUGUAAAUCUAAAAUUUACAUUUCAUUCACAAUUUUUGCACCUUGAAUUUGCUUAUUUGCCAAAACAAGGUAAUUUUUUUCUAGUAGAGGUUCACAAGUAUAUUCAUGUAUUUGAUUCUAGUCUGCUUCGGACUAUGAACGGAAAUAUUUGAACGAGAUAAGUUCAAACAGAAUUUUUUGUCAGUUGUAGAUUAUUGUGCGCUAGCAAGGUCAAUUUUUACUAUUUUCUUUCGUAUUAGUUUAUACCUCAAUUUAGGUUUUUUAAAAUUGUAGAUGCUUUUUGCAAUUGUCUUAGAAUUUACAAUGCCAAUUGUAUGUGAAAUAAUAUGCAGUCUAAAAAUAGUUUUACGCCAUAAAAGUCUGUGUAAUUUUUAUUUUUAGGCUGUUUUAGAAACUAUUUUUGAAUUUAUAUUUAGAUUUUUUGUUUUAUUGUGCUUAUUAAGUUAAAAGUUUCAUGUUGUAUGUAACUUUAUAUUUGCAUUUUUGGAAUAAUUCUGUGAGCACCUUUAGAUAGACUAUGUACGAUUGGUAAACUCACUUAUUUUUUAAAUGUAAUAGUAACGAAAAUUUCAAUUUGAGAAACCGUUUAAUAUAAAUGUUGGCGUUCACAGAAAUUUGUCUGCCUAUUACAGUUUUUCUGAAGGAAAUAUCUUCAGUACCAAUGUUUAUCCAUUUAUAAAGUUAAAAUAUACCUAUCUGUUAUUAACAUAGUAACUUCAAAUAUAUAAUUAUGUGUAUAUUGGCUCUUGUGGGUGAAAGGGCAUCCAUGAGUACAUUAAAAAUAUAAAACUAUGUAUUUUUAGAGUAGUAAAGUGAUUUUUUGUUAACGCAGGGCAAUAUUCCCUUCUUAAUUUGUUGUUGCGAUUAAAACAUUUCUUUUUUAAAUGACGAAUAUUGCCUAUGUGGUUUAUGUAAAAUCGCUACAUUUAAGUCCGUUUUUUGCUUCUCAUGUUAAGAAACAUUAAAAACAGAACAGUUCAACAGUUUAUAGGGGCGUUUUAAUUGAAUUUGUAUUGUCAAAAUUAAGUAGUGAAGGAUGGCACACUGUGCAUGGAGAGAGAGAUCGAUAUGUUUGGUAUAAAUUUUUGAACCAA